AAGCAAAGCCGAUUCCAGAGGCUUCCAGAAACAACGGCAGCAGCGAAAAAUAAAAUUUUAAAAAAACUAAAAAAUAAAAAUAAAAAGCAAAGGGCAAAAAAAAAAAAAAAAAAAAAAAAAAACGAAGGAAGGAAAUCUCUCGUCUUUAUUUUUCCUAUUCUCUCCUCGUUCGCCGUUGAAAUCGCUGAUAGAAAAAAAUUCCCGUAUUUCGAUCGUCAACAAAACCCUAGCUCAGGAUGGCGGAUGAAGCUUCUACAGCGGAUGCAGGUUCAUUGACUGGAGAAAAUCUGGAGUCGACUGUAGAGAUCAAUAUUAAAACUUUGGAUUCGAAGAUCUACACCUUUCGUGUGGGCAAAGAUAUGCCAGUACCAGUGUUGAAGGAGAAGCUAGUAGAUGUGACUGGUAUUCCUGUGCAACGGCAAAGACUGAUAUAUAGAGGGAAGGUCCUGAAAGACGAUCACCUUCUCUCUGAAUAUCAUUUGGAAGAUGGUCAUACGCUACAUUUAGUUGCAAGACAGCCAGUUGAGGGGCAAGCCUCAUCAGGAGCAGGUUCUGAGGGUGCUGCACAAGAUAAUAACCAAGGAAGUGAUUCUACUCCUGGUGCUCCACGUAACAGGAUUGGGCAGAUUUCACAUAGUGUUCUUCUUGGAACUCUUAAUGUUGCAGACCCAGGGGAGAAUAUGGUAGUUGACAUCAGUCGGCUUGUUGGAGCAGUUUUAAGUUCUUUUGGAGUUUCGACUGGUGAUCCUACUGGAUCAGUUAGUGGCACACCAUCUGUUGCUGCAACCUCUUCAGGUGCUGAAGCAGAAAGAAACCAGGAUUCUAGUGGUAGUCCUGCAUCAAAUUCAACGUCAUUAACUUCUACAGGCCUCAAUAUACCUCUUCCACCUCUACAUCAAGUUCCACAAUUUCCACCAGCUAGGUUUCUAUCUCCACAUAUGAGUAUACCAGAUUCCUUAUCAACUCUUUCUGAAUUCAUCAGUCGCAUGGAGGUUGUAUUGCAAAAUGGCGGUUCUCAGCCUUCACCUAAUAAUCUACGUGUUCCGAGCACUGAAACUCCGUCCCUGGGUGCAAAUGGAGCUCUGACACCUGAAAUGUUGCGAAGGGUUAUGGAACAAACGCAAGAACUGCUCAGAGGCAAUGCUGCAGCUGCACUCUCCCGAGUUGCUACACGUCUGGAAAGAGAAGGAACUUCAACAGACGCAGCAGUACGAGGUCAGGUACAAGCUGAAGCAUUGCAAAUAGGAGCAGCAAUGCAGCAUUUAGGUGCUAUGCUUUUGGAACUUGGCCGUACAAUUAUGACACUUCGCAUGGGACAAUCCCCAGCUGAUUCUGUGGUAAAUGCUGGUCCAGCGGUUUAUAUAUCUUCUUCCGGACCAAAUCCUAUAAUGGUUCAGCCUUUCCCUAUGCAAACAAAUUCUCUGUUUGGCACUCCGUCAGCUUCUAUGGUUAAUGGGCCGUCAGGAGAUUCUUCGAGACAUGUAAAUAUCCACAUACAUACAGGAAGUUCCUUUAUUCCCGGGGUAUCAAAUGCUGCUGCUAGAGGAGCUACUGGAGAAGCUCAACAAGCAAACAGAGAAGGUAAUGGUACAGGGGAUUCAGUUCCAACACCAGGAUUUCCUCCUAGAACGGUUGUUGCAGCUAUUCCAACACGCCCCCCUACACAAACUAGCGGUCAUGUCGUUAGCGUAAUAUAUCCUGUUCAAGUAAGGUCUCAGCUCUCUGUUCCCUUUCCUUCAGCUUCAGCUGAAGCUCCCAAUCCAACUAUGAGCAGCAGUGGACAACGUCCUACUGUUGUUGCUCAGCCUUCUUCAGAGACCGGAACCUUGCCAUCAAUUGUAGAACAGAUAAGUGCACAGGUUGUUAAUGCACUUGGUGGUGGUUCACAAAGGUCAGGUACGGCUGUGAACAGUGGGACCCAACCUCCCGUUGUUGCUCCUCAGCCUUCUUCGGAGUUGAGGAGCUUGCCACCGUUUAUACAACAGAUAAGUGCGCAAGUUGCCAAUGCGCUUGCUGGUGGUGCACUAAGGUUUGGUUCAUCAUCACAGAGUGUGCAAACUACUGAAGCUCAAGGCUUUUUAGCACAAUCCAAUAUGGCUAGGCAAAUGGAUCAAACACCCUCAAUACCCAGUAAUGCACCUGGCCACAGUCCAUCUCCUGAUACCCAGUUGACUGAUUCAUCAUGCCUAAGAGAAGGACCUCAACAAGCCUCUCCUGCAGAUUCGGCUCAGGAUGAUGUCAAAGAUCACACUGGAAGUGCUGAUUCUGCAGAGCAAGAAAGUACUUCUUCAACGGCCCGUGGUGUUAGCAUGCCUAUAGAUGAAGUACAUGAUAUCUCUCAAGAGAGCAGCUCCAAAUCUAAUAGUUUGCACCCAAAUGGAGGUUCAGGCAUUGAUGCGAACUCAUCAGCUACUACCUCGGCAGAACAUACUGCACGAUUGGGCCAGGGUAGUGACAGUAACAGGGUUACUCCUUUGGGGUUAGGGCUUGGAGGUUUGCAGCCUAAGAGGCGGGGUAAAACCGCAAAAACAGUAGGGAACGACAAUGUAGAACGUGAGACACUGCCAAUUAAUCAGGACCCGCACUCUAUUGCUAGGGGUCAACAACUUUUACAAUCCCUUGCGUCUCAGAGCUCUGAUGGAGAAAGAGCAAAUACUAACAGCACAUCUAGUCAACAAACCUCUUUAGUUGGUCAAAAUAUGAACACUUUGCCUUCACAAGAUCAAGCUACCAAUGACCAUACUCAAGUUGAUCCUGCUGACAUGAUGUCUCUUGUCCUUCGAACCCCUGCUUUCAGCAAUAUUUUGUCAGGAAUAGCUGAACAGACUGGGAUUGGUUCCUCAGAUGAUUUGAGAAGCAUGUUAGAACAGUGUACUCAAAAUCCUGCUAUUAGAAACACACUGAAUAACAUUACGCAACAAGUACAAAGAGAGCCGGAAAGUCUUGGGGCAAUAUUUUCAGAGAUUGGGAAUGGCCAAGGUGGAGGACUAGACUUUUCAAGGAUGAUUCAGCACAUGAUGCCUGCUGUUUCGCAAGCUCUUAGGGGUUCAACAGGAUCAGCACCUGCACCUAGCUUGCAACCUAACAGUCAACCUCAGAGUGACAAUGGUGGCAGGGUUACUGAUGACACGGUGCAUGAGAGAGACUCAACGGCUGAUAUCAGGCGCGCAGUCGAGAGUAUUGAACAGCAUGAUUCCCCAAGAAAUGUUUUUGGUUCUGUGCUGGAAAGUGCAGCUAACUUGUUGGGUGAACAAAACAGUUUUGGUGAUCUCGUCAGUACACUUGUUAACAAUGAAGAGCUCACUGAUGACUUCAUGAGGAUGCUAUGUCGAGAUUUGCAUCGAAGAACCCAAUCCGAUUCUACAUCUGAACAGUAGCUCUGGUGUUCCUUCUACUUGCUCGGGCUCUCAAAUUCCCUCUGUAACAAACAAUUGAAUCUGUCACUACAAGAAAAAUCCUGGCUUUAUUCAAUGGGCGCGCCCUUUCAUGUUGGGUAUUUUUUGUACAAUGUGGAACUUCAACCGCAGACUAGUUUCUUAAAUAUUCUCCUCUUCACCAGGCCGGUUAAUAUUUGUUUUUCCUAGGAGUUUUCUUUGAUUUGCUGGAUUGUGAUAUUUUGUUCUUAAAAGUGCGAUAUCGACAUCAGUUGAUAGUACAUUGUGUGUAUAAGUUUGCCUUAUGAUUUUGUUCAAUCUAUGCAGCUUCAUAGCCUUUAGGUA